AUGCAGAAGCAGUUCCCGUUUUCGGGCCGCCCGUCAACGGCUGAUACAACGACCACGCUGCAAACCACUCCAAUACACACCAGCAAGUACAUAGAUAGUAUCAAGAUUCUGCAUAUCCAUGACUAUGCAGAUUAUCCGCUUAACCAUGGUGCUGCAGUCUGGUCCGGAUCACUUCCCCCUUCCCUAGACUUGCCGUGGAGUAUCCGUUUGUCAGAACACGUUUGGAGACCCCAUGAGUGA